CUGUAUUGUGUGGCCUCAUGUGUUGUGUGUAUGAUGCGGUGGGGUGACCCUGUGGGUGAUGUACAUGGGGGUGGGAAGGACAGGGCUGUGUCCCGGCUCCGCGCUGACGGGAUAAGCCGGUCCCGCUCCGCCCCGCUGCCGUCAGCCAGCUCGCUCCUCCCGGUCCCGCCCGCCCGCCUGCCUGCUCGGCCGCAGUUUGUCGGCAGCGAGCGGAUGGCGGCGGUGAGGGUUGCGGAACGCCGGAGCGGCGCAGUGCGACCGGCGCCCAGCCCGGGCACCCCGCACGCCGACUGGAUGGGCAGCCUCCCGCGGUCACUCUGCGCCCUGCCCCUCGCCAACCUCGCCGUGCCGGGAUCACACGAUUCCUUCAGCUUUUGGAUUGAUGAAAACUCCCCUGUUGGUCUGGAUCAGCCAGUUGUAGUCAGGCAGCUGGCUGGAAUCUUCCGUUCUCUCUGGAAGAAAACGAUGAAGAAAUGGUCUGUGACCCAGAGCUUGAAUUUCAUAGAGCAGCUGGAAGCUGGCAUUCGCUACUUUGACCUUCGAAUCUCCAGAAAACCAGGAGAGGAAAAUGAGCUUUAUUUCAUCCACGGGUUGUUUGGCAGCAAAGUUUAUGAUGGACUGAUGGAGAUUAACAACUUUUUGAAAUCUCACAGCAAGGAGGUGAUCUUUCUGGAUUUCAAUCACUAUUAUGCAAUGGAGGACAUAAACCAUGAAUACCUCAUCGAAAUGCUUAAAGAGAUAUUUGGGUCAAGACUCUGCCGAGCCAACCUAGUUGAGGAAAUAACACUCCAGUAUUUAUGGGAGCGCAAAUACCAGGUGCUCGUGUUCUACCACCACCCCAUGGCCUACAGCUUUCCCUUCCUCUGGCCGGGGCAUCAGAUCCCAGCACCCUGGGCCAAUACUAAUGACGCUCAGAAACUGGUGCAGUUCCUGGAGACAACCCUGAGUGAGCGGGCAAGACGAAGGACUUUCCACGUGUCGCAGGCAAUCCUGACCCCACAUGCCAAGACUGUCAUCCAGGGAAUGAUUGUCGGACUACGGGAUUCUCUCGUCGCAAGAAAUCUUCCUGUAAUAAUGAACUGGGUGAAGUGCCAGAAGCCGGGUGUAAAUGGAGUCAACAUCAUCACCUCAGAUUUUGUGGAACUUGUGGACUUUGCUACAACUGUGAUCAAGCUAAAUUACCUGCUCCUGCAUGACAAGACCAAACGCGAGCAGGUUUAGCACCCUCCCUUGCACUAGUGGCUGUUAAAAUAACAAAGACAGGAUGGCAUCUGGUUUUCAGAUGUGGUGUGCUGUGGGCUUGUUGGGCCUGUGUGUGCGGAUGUAUUUCAGUCUCCGCUUUAAAGUUGCACAUUCUGCCCUCAUGUUUCCAACAAAGAAUCGCUUGUGCAAACUAAUUGUACGGCAUUAAAUUCUGCACCAUUCCCAUUGGAGGGUGGGUGUGACCAAACUGACAAGUUUAACAUAAAACAAAGUGCUGGAAAUGCCCAGCAAGUCGGGGCAUCUGAAGUCUAAAAAGGUUGGAGAUGGAAAAAAAUUAUAUUGCUGCGAUUCCAGAAGGUAAUCUUUCAUAUAUUUGUAUGCUCCUGGCCUUUGUCACUCCUGACCUCCUUCUCCUGGCUGCGUCAUUCCUUUCCUCAUUGAUCAUCACUGCUACCCCAUUACUGUCCUUCCUAUUCAAACCUUUGUUCCCCCCAUCACUGCCCCAAGCCCCACAAUAUGCAUCAGAAUAUAUAUUUUAUCUUUUGUCACGUCACGAGUCGAGAGUGUUUUAUUAUCAUAUGUCCCGAUUGCAAAGACUAAAUCAAUGCUCCAAAGUGUUUAAUGUAGUGGUUGUUGGAAGAUCAUCGAAAUGAAAGGUGAAUUUUCUCUCCUCACAGAUGUUGCCUGACCUGCUGAGUAAUUCCAGCGGUUACAGAAACGUUUUUAUUCGCACUUGUGACAGGUCUUCCCCAGAUUAUGUACACCCCAUGUAUGUACAGCCCAUUCAUAUACAGUUAUGUACACCCUAAGUAUGUACAGCCCAUACAUAUAAAUGAGCAAGUAGGAUACCAGUGGGAUGGAUUUGCCAGCUGCAGAGGGGCUACAGGCAUCUCCUGUUGCGUGGGAAUUUGUUUCAAUGCAAUAUCUGAAUUGUUGAGCUGAACGCCCGGGUGUAACUACAGGUUGCCCUUGGUUGCUUAUGUUUUUGUUUAAAUAUAUUACCAAGCAGCCGCAUUUGGGGUUACAAACAGUUUUCUGGAACAGAACCCUGUUUUAACCUGGGGAGGAUCUGUACACAAUUAUAAAAAUGGGUAUAUAGAAGGAGGAUAAUGAAUGUGAUCAAUUUAUGUUUAGAACUGGGCAAUAUUGUUAUUAAAUUGAAGAGUUUAAGUUCUCUCGUACUGGACAUGUCCCAUAGCCCUGCCACUUGCAACACAAUGUCCUUCUGUGUUUGUAUUGUUGCCCUCUAAAUGCCCCAUUAUCCUUUUGACCAGAACACCCAAUUUAUCCCCAUGGCAGCCCUGAUCUUACCCUCCCAAUCAUUCCCUUUGAGCUAUCCAUCCCUCCGCAACUUAAAACUACAUUAUCUUUUUCUCCUUGAUUAAAGGUCUGUGACCCGAAACGUUGACUCUGUUUUCCUCUCCACAGAUGCUGCCUGACCUGCUGAGUGUUUCCAGCACUUUCUGCUUUUGUUUCAGUUUGCACUGUCUACAGUAUUUUUUUUUUUAAAUCAUGAGUUUUUUGAAAUUCUGCUUGGAAAAUAAAUAGUUUUUUAAACAUUUUUAAUUCAGGUUGUCUGAAAGAAGCGUAUUGCCUGGGGUGGUGGUAGAGGUGAAAGAAACAUUGCAAAAGAUUUGGAAACCUGAAAUAAAAGCAGAAAUGCUGGAGGAGACAUACCAAAUUCAGUUUGAUUUAUCAUUUUGUGUGUGUGUGUGACACAGUUUAAACAGUAACAAAUUGAUAAUGGAGUAUCAAAUCUUAAUGGAUCAUCUUAAAAACGUUUGAUUAUUGAGUUUCAUUGCCUGGACUGCAAUUUAACGUAAAUGCAAAACGGAUAUGUGGACCCGCAGUUAAAUAUAAAUCGCAAUGGGAUUGUACUUUGUCAUGCCGAAUUCGAUUUGAUCGAAAAUUUUUUUUUGUAUUUUCUCGAGUCCAACAGCUUCAAUUAAUGUGUAAGAAGGAACUGCAGAUGUUGGUUUAAACCGAAGAUAGACAUAAAAAACUGUAGUAACUCUGCGGAACAGGCAGCAUCUCUGGAUAGAAGGAAUAGUAAUCAACAGUACUG